CAGGCCCUCACUUAAAAAUGUGAAGACUAAAGCGAAGGGUGAAAAAAAAAUUACAAAAGGAAAGCAUACUAUGCCAUUUUGUCCUUCUGCUGCACAUGCAAAAAACAUUGGUGUAGUUGUAAAUUGUGUUGAAUGUGAGAAGCCACGUCUUUUAUUCAGUGCAAAGAAAUUAUCUGAAAAGGAUAGGAUAUUAUUGCAAGAAUUCUUGGAUACGAUUUUCUAUACUUGCGGAAUGUCAUUUCAUAAUACAUGCGAUUUAUCUAUUGCUGUACCACCAAAACAACCAGAUAUACAUGAUGUUAUAGAGGAUGAUAAUGGAGUUGAUGAUCAAGAAAAUAUGCAAGAGAAAGAUUCUAAUGAAAAUACAGACUCGGAUAUUGAUGAAGAGGCUGAUAAUGAUACAAUUAUUGAUGAUGGUGGAAUUGAUAAUACAGAAGAUCCUAUCCAGGAACUGUUUUCAAGAGUAUUUGUUAAUGACUCAUGGUCCUGUACAUCACAAGUGGAGAAGCCAUACUUUUCAACUGGUAUCUACCCGGACAUUUGUAUUGAAUGUGGGAAUUCAAACAUUGAUAAAGCAGAAAAAGAUUGGUUUAAUUCUAACUUCUAUGGUGCCGGAACUUUAUACUCAAAAAUGUUUCAAAUGUUUAAUUUAUCACGUGAGAAGCACAAUAGCCAAUAAAAACUCAUAAUUUUGGACAAAAAAUAGAAAAAAUGGAUACGAGCAUGUACAAAAAAAGAAAUUGG